AUGUACGACUGCACAGCCGGAGGUCCUGGGUUCGAGUCCCGCGUUGGCCCAAGAUUAGUUAGUGAGUCUUUCUGUAUAGUAAGCCGGAGUUGGGAAGUUGACGGUGUUUCACCCCCAUGCCACGGAGAGCAGGUAAAGACGUCGGUCCUGCGCCUUAACUAUCACUGGUCGUGUCGAGCAGUCGUCCCACCAGAGUAUGAGAGUGACAGGAAUAGAGAGUGCACUUGUCUCUGCGCGUACAUUUGUGCACUA